AACCUGGUUUUGAAUUCAUGAUCCUCCUGUCUCAGCCUUCUGAGCCACUGGGCCUCUGGGAUUACAGGCAUGCACCACUGCACCUGGGUCACAUCUUUGUGAAGCUUAUCUUCUUAGGUUUUCAUGGAGACUUCAUUGAACAGGUGACUGGAGCAUGGGCAACCAGGUUGGACACCAAAGGCUUGCUGCUGUGGACUGAGGGAACCCAGCAAGCGUCUGUGUAGCACUCCUUCCUCCAGGCAUGGGGCAGGAUCCUUCUGGAGUGAGGACCGUGUGAUCCAGUGCCAGUAGGGCGGAGAAAUGCUUUGCAGCCAGCUCCUACAUGAAGGCCAGGCAACUUAGAGUCUCCAUGGCACGCCUUGGAGGGAGUUCUGAGCCUUGCCUCAUAACACCUAGGGCACAAGGUAGGUGCCUGCAAACCUCUGGCACUGAGCCUUGUUGGGGGUCAGUGAAAAACCUUGCACUGUGUAUCCAUGUCAGAGCACACUGUGGACUGAUCCUGAGCUCCCGGCACCUAACUCAUGCCAGUGAAGUCCUCCAGCUCACCUGUCCUCCACGGGCGGCAUGACCUCACUUCUGGCAGAGGCUUGGGUGUUGCACACAGGGCAGUCGCCGAGAAGAAGCACAACACGUGAAACAGACCCUGCACAGGCCCAAAAGGACACCCAUCUGAGUCUGAGUAGAUUGGGAUGGCAGCACUGGGAAUAUGCGCAUUGGCCACUCAGACGUUCCUGCUCUAGACAAGUCCCUGGGGGACUAGAAGGUACUGAAGUGUGGGCUGGAAGGCCUCCACGGACGUGGGUCAGACCACGAGGACAGAGCAGAGACAGCACAGUUCAGAUCCAGGAAGUAGGCUGGCCCAGCACCCAUCAGUCCUUCGGCUGAGAGUCCAGAGAAACCACGACAAGAGACCACUGUUUCAACUGAGGAAUGAAAAGUGUGUUAGAGACACAGCCGACUCAGGGUGGCCACUCCUCGGCGUACCAGGAGCAGAACUUCAACCCCGGAGGCCAGUGCCUCACCCAGCGGUGGCCUGGAAGACUGCCCUGACACGAGGUAGCAGAGAUGCCCAUUCCUUCUGCGUCCACCCAGAGUGCCAGGAGCCCUCACCAGGGCAGGAAGCAGGGGUAAAAACCAAGCCAGGCAGGUUGCAGAGGGGCAAAGGAGCCCUUCCUAUUUCUAGAAAAUGUGGUGUCUAUGUCAGAAGCUCAGGCCACACACCCGACUCCUAGAACUAGUUGUGAGCUUAGGGAGGCCUCAGGGUACAGGCAGCACAGAAACCAGCUUUGCUGUGCACCUCUGAGGAGCAGCCAGCACGGAGUGAGGGGCAGGGCUGCUGCAGCGUCUUCCCCAAGCGAAGCACUCUGGUCAGGUGUCCAUCUAAGGGGACGUGCAUUGGAUCUGCUGAGAGCCGGAGGAUGAGGGCAGAGUGCUGAAGGCCUGAGCCCUGAAGGAGCAGAGAGACAAAGACUGCCCGUGAUUGGAAGACGGUUCUCCUUGGGAGCAUCUACUCAGCACCAUAAAGCCCUCAGGACCGUGCUCUUCAGACACUCAGGCUGGCGGAAGGGCAGCAGCUGCAAUAGAGAAGUGAUCCACAGGAUGGAGGCGGAGGACUGCGCCGUGACUGUGGAGGAGACAGACCCACACAGUCCGGAUGCUCCAUCUCCUGCAGGGCUGCUGAGGGGUCUGUGGAGGAGCGGCAGAGCAGGUGGCCCAGGGCAGAGGGAUGGACGUGGUCCAGACCUCCAUGGCCUCCCAGGGACAGAUUCAACAGAGCAACACAACAGCACAAACCCCCGGGAAAGAAAUCAGGACCUGCAGGAAGCAGAGGCCUGCCACAAAGUGGAAAGGACGUCGAUAAAUAACAGACGGUAAAUCGGAUUUCGCCAGGAACUUCAAAAUGUGUGCUGUGAAACUCAGUUAGAACAAGGAGCAGCUGAACAACAGAUGGGGAGAAGUUGUCCUCCAGCCCUGGCCAGUGAGCUACAUAAGGGCCCGCUAAGCUGAAAGUCAGGGCAGGUGCCCAGCUGAGGGCUCUCCAGCAGGCGCUGUGGGCACAUGCAGGCUGGCAGCCAGCAGCCUCGGUCCUGGGGAGUGCUCCGCAGCAAGGCCAGAGGAGCCCACUGGCCAGAAGUAAGAAUUGGCACCAGGCACUGGCUAGGGUGUAGCCAACUUGGACCCCCCAGGGGACACGGGUCGCAGUUUGUGUCAGGUCAGAUACACGUCACCUCACAUACCCAAAUCCCUUUCUUGGUGUUCACCCAAGAGGCGCAGGUGGGUGUGCAGGGGAGUGUCCUGCUAGAGCAGCUGCGGCAGGCAGCCAGGAAGUGCAGGCCAAGGCCAUCCACCAGCCCCUCUAGGCCUUGUCCACAGGCCAGAGGCCAGGGGCUGGCUAUGGGGAAGGGGAAGACCCUGGAGGGUGCCCCAGGCCCCACUUGUAGGAAAGAGGCAACUGAAAGAGCGACUGAAAACAGCCAGCACAGGCCAGGGGAAGGCCUCCUGGGGCUCCCUGCCUCUGGCCUCCUGGUCACCUGACUCUGCCCUGGCCUGGUCCCUACAGGCGGGGCAGAGAGCAAAGUCCACUGCCUCGGGGCGUGGGAUUUUCCCCCAGACCUGCCCUCCCACCUGUCCCUAGGGCAGCUCUCAAGUCCUUCUAAGACUGGGGUGUUGCCCUUCCUCCCUGCCCUUGGGCCCAAGGCCCAGGUGGGCACUGCCAGUCAGCGCCCAGCAUAGCUGGAGGGCCCCUGGCUGCAGUCCAUUCUUUGCAUGCUGGGGGCAGACUCGCUCCACCCCAUUACCACGCCAGGGCCAGGCCGGUGUAGACAAGGGGUGGAGGACAGCAGGUGUGCAAGAGGACGGCCAGUUGCACCCAGGUACACUGCUUCCUUCACCUGCUUCUACAAGGUGACUGCCAGCCUGCAGACGCCAGCCCCAUAGCUGCCAUGGCGCUGUCCUGGAAGGAGCGAGUUUUCAUGGCUCUGCUGGGGACCGCAACAGCCUCAGGCCUCACGGUGCUGGUCCUCAUCCUGGUGGAGGCCACCAACAUCCUGCUGCCCGCAGACACAAAGUUUGGGAUUGUGUUCGACGCCGGCUCUUCCCACACCUCUCUCUUUGUGUACCAGUGGCCAGCAGACAAGGAGAAGGACACGGGUUUGGUCAGCCAGGCCCUGGCUUGCCAGGUGGAAGGGCCUGGAAUCUCCUCCUACACCUCUGACCCCACACAGGCUGGCGAGAGCCUGAAGGGCUGCCUGGAGGAGGCGCUGGCACUAAUCCCAGAGAACCAGUACCGGGGAACACCCCUGUUCCUGGGGGCCACGGCCGGCAUGAGGCUGCUCAGCCAGAAGAACAGCUCGCAGGCAGGGGACAUCCUUGCAGCGGUGUCUGGGGUCCUGGGCCAGUCUCCUCUGGACUUCUGGGGUGCUGAGAUCCUGGCUGGCCAGGAUGAAGGUGCUUUUGCUUGGAUCACCAUCAACUAUGUCCUGGGCAGGCUGCUCAAGUACUCCUCUGGAGAGUGGAUCCAGCCUGCAGAAGGGACGCUGGUGGGUGCCCUGGACUUGGGGGGAGCCUCCACCCAGAUCAGCUUCCUGCCCCGCGGCCCCAUCCUGGACGAGAGCACCCGAGCGACCUUCCGUUUGUACGGAGCCGACUACAGCAUCUACACUCACAGCUACCUCUGCUUUGGGCGGGACCAGAUGCUCAACAGGCUGCUGGCUGCGCUGGUGCAGAGCCACCCCGGGGCCCUCCUGCGUCACCCAUGCUACCUCAGCGGUUUCCAGACCACGCUGCCCUUGGCCUCCCUCUAUGAGUCGCCCUGUGUCCACAUGGCAGCCCAGCUGGACCUCACCCAGAACCUCACUGUUGAGGGCACAGGCAACCCCGGGGCCUGCCUGGCUGCCAUCCGGGAGCUCUUCAACUUCUCCAGCUGCCAGGGCCCAGAAGACUGUGCCUUCAACGGGGUCUACCAGCCCCCAGUGCAGGGCCAGUUCUACGCCUUCUCCAACUUCUACUACACCUUCCACUUCCUGAACCUCACCUCCAGGCAGCCACUCCGCACUGUGAACGCCACCAUCUGGGAGUUCUGCCAGAGGCCCUGGAGGCUGGUGGAAGACAGCUACCCGGGGCAGGAGCGCUGGCUGCAGGACUACUGCGCUUCCAGCCUGUACAUCCUCACGCUGCUGGAGGCCUUUGGGUUCAGGGAGGAGACCUGGGCCAACAUCGAGUUUCAGAAGCAGGCUGGUGGCACUGACAUCGGCUGGACACUGGGCUACAUGCUGAACCUGACGGGCAUGAUCCCGGCCGAGGCGCCAGCCCAGUGGCGGGCACAGAGCUAUGGCGUCUGGGUGGCCGGCGUGGUGUUUGUGGUGCUGACCCUCACAGCCAUCCUGGGGGCGGCUGCAGUGCAGCUCCUCUGGGUCCAGGACUAGGCGGGGCCCAGAGAGCCAGAUGUCCAACAGGAUGCCCUCAGGGCUCAGCUGGGAGCCAUCGCCAGGUCCUUGAUGUCCUGGAGCCGUCCCUUGGACAGCAAGCCCGACUCCACACAGGACUGGGUGGCCAAGUCCGGCACAGCCACUGCCUCCUGGAAGCCAGGCCUCCCGUCCCCCACCUCAUGUCACCCAGUUGUGCUGGCCGGUGUGUGGCUCCCCAGACAGCGGGCCUCUCUGCAUAAACCCAGGUGGUGCCCGGCAGCACCCAGGCUGUGUGGGGGUGAUCAUGGGAGGGAGGCUGGACUCCCUGGGUCCCCAUUUGCCCGGGGAGGGAGGGGGCUGUGGCUGCCCACUGUGAUCCAAAGAGGGACCAGUUCCCAUCCCCCACACCCUCUGCUGGCCUAUCCAAAACACAGACCACGUGGUAGGGACAGUUUAUUAAAGUCUCUCCUGGACA